AUGUUCAGUUCUGGAUUUGGUGGAUUUGGCGGCGCUAGUCAGGGAGGAGGCUUUGGAUUUGGUGGGUUUGGGAACCAGACUUCUGCCCAACAGACUUUUGGAUUUGGGGCAGCAACGACGGCUGCUUCCAGCAGCGGCUUUGGCUUUGGAGCUAGCGGUAGUGGAGGAAUGUUUGGUCAGAGUAGUGGCUUUGGUGGACUUGGUUCAUCAUCGACUGCAUCGAAAAUGCUACCACAGUUGCCUGUUCAGGGAUCAUCUCAACCUCCAUAUACCACUACUUCUGAGCGAGAUUCACAAUAUGGCGCGAUAAAUCUAUUCCACACUAUUAGUGCAAUGCCCGCGUACAAGAACUUUUCAUUUGAGGAACUACGUUUGCGAGAUUACGAGUUAGGACGCAAACCAGCUACAAAUAGUUCAACUGCCUUUGGUGCAGCACAACCGAGUGGAUUCGGUCUCCCCGCAUCAACACCUGCUGCACCUUCAUUCGGAACGCCAGCACCCACUCCAAGUGUAACACCCGCGCCAACGCCCUUUGGAGGAGCUGCAGCAACACCGACUCCAGCAUUUGGCACUACAACAACGCCGUUUGGACAGACGCAAAAGCCAUUCGGUUUUGGAACUGGAAGUGCGUUUGGGGCCGCACCUAGUGGAGGAUUCGGUACAAAUCUGUUCGGUAAUACGAGUACAUCAUCAGUAUCUUUAUUUAAUAAAUCCACGGCGUCUACGCCAUCCUUUGGCGGAUUUAAUCAGAAUUCUCAGUCAACUAGUGGAUUUGGGUUUGGAAACACGCAAACGACAUCAACUCCCUCAUUGAGCUUUGGAACAUACAACAAGCCAGCGACCACAUCUGCAUUUGGUGGAUUAGGAAGUUCUGGAGGAGGUUUUGGCUCUUUCGGUGCUUCCACCAAACCAACUUUUCCAAGCUUAAGUACUCCAGCGACAGGAUUUUCACUAAGUUCUACGCCAACUUCUCUGGCACAACCAUCAAGCACGAAUCUCUUCAGUGGAAUAGGCCUUGGCAAUCCUUCUAGCACAACGGGAUCUGCGUUUGCUCCUUCGUUCUCGUUCAAACCACCGACAACUGGAUCCUUUCUAAAUCCAGCGCAACCAUUCAGCAGCAGCAACUUGUUUGCGAAUACUGCACCGACAACUUUUACUGCACCAACAGGAAUAGUCGCGACAGCUGACAUGUAUCCGUACAGUAGCAUGCCGUUGUUACAACAAGGUGCGGUGCAAUCGCAAGAACGACAGAGAACGGAGAAACCAACAGCUACCCCUAUCGGGGUAAAAAAACCACCAGUCACGCCACAUUAUAAACUAGAGCCAAGACAAAGUCAAAAACUCAAGUUGAAGGGUUAUUCUCCGGGAUUAAGGAGAAAGAAGGAGCCUGAACAAGAAACUCCGAGACCGUUGGAAAUAUUUUCCGAUUACAGCGAGAUAAUAAGUCCUGAAGCAUUUAGCAGAUCGCGAAGGCGAAUGAUAAAUACUCGCCCUGUAUCUCUAGGCUCAAUUAUUAACAAAGACUCGAUCGCACCAACUCCAAGUAAACCCCCCCAACAGGAGUCAACAACAUUGACGUUUAGAUCUCCAAAGCAAGAGACUUCACGCCAAUCGAUAUUUACUGAGCCGCAAACUCCUCUAACAGCAUUGGGCAAAAAUUCUUCUUUCACGCUAUCACCACUACGAAGAUCUCCGGAAACUCCCAAACCUCUUAUUCGAUCGUUUAGCACUCCAUCACUUUGCCAGGAGGAAGUAUCAACACCACCUGCUCAGCAAGAGCGCUCUGUUACGCCAGUGCAACAGAUAUUGGCUGAACCUGACGAGUCCAUCAUCCGGCAAGAACCAGUCACAGAAUCUGAUGAUUACGGCGACUACUGGACAUCGCCUUCAUUAUCCGAACUACGAAACAUGUCCGAAGCGCAACUAAAAAAAGUAAUCGACUUUACUAUUGGACGUGGUGAUUUAGGUCAGAUACACUUUACUGAAUCAGUCGAUUUGACCGGAAUUCCUUUAAGCAGCUUAAUCGGUGAUGUCGUAGAAAUAGUCCCGCGCUCAGUUUCGGUUUACGAGGAUUGCAAAAUUCCCAAGCCACCAGUUGGACAAGGAUUGAACGUACCGGCUGCUAUUACCUUGAAAAAAUGCUGGCCCGUUGGUAAGGUCAAGCAGGAUCCAAUCAGAGAUCCAGCCGACCCAUUAGUCCGGCAGAGAAUUGCUCGUUUGAAGCAAAUGCCUGGUACAGAAUUUAUUAGCUAUGAUGCUUACACAGGCGCAUGGACAUUCCUAGUACAGCAUUUUACUAAAUAUGGUCUGGACGAGUUUGAUGAUAGCGACGAGCAAAGCGUAAUUUAUAAUCGAUUAACACCACCAGUCGAGGAUAGUCCCAUGCAAGAAAUACCUACCAGCUCUGAAUUGCUAGAAGCGAGUCUCGAAACCGAGACCGUCACGACGUUUAAGCAGUUUAGUAGCCUUCCUGAAUUUCGAAGACAGGAUCCGUUAGAAAUCAAUGAAAUGCAAGAGGCUAUCUUUCCCCCAGAAGGCGAUGAGGAUUACGAUACUAUGGAAGAUAUUUUGGAUCAGCCGCCUGCUGCAUUGCCCGCCGGAUUUGUUCGUAUUGAGAGUUUUUCGAGUGAUGAGGACAGAGACACGUCGGCGGAGGACAUGAUCCUCCCAUCGUUAAUGACCUACCCAUCGGAGCAGCCAUCGAUAUUCCAAGCACAAGAAAUCGAAGAGGAACAAUCAAUAUUGCCACAGAAACACGUCUUACAGUCAAUAAAUGAUACUCGCAGACCAUUGAAAAUACCACGGCUGAAGUACUCUGAAUCAAUAACGUUUAACCGACGUUCGGAUCGGGAUAUGAGCUUGUUCCUUGGUCAUUCGUUCCGUGCUGGAUGGGGUCCUAAUGGUGUUAUAGUUUUGUUCGGAAGAGAUGUAAAAGACAAAGGCAAGGACUCAAGAAUUCCCGAGUAUGGCGUGCCCAAUGUACUGUAUAUAAGAAAGGUUGUCGCCUUUAAUGAAUCUGAAGAAAUCGAGAAACGCCGACAUCACUUGGUGCUCCAAACAUUGUCUGAACAUACAAUUAUCACGCCCGACGCCCGCGGCAUACCAAAACUCACCAUUAGCCCUAAGAUUACGUUUGACCAUUUCGUCAAGACUGUUGGUGACAAUCGGGGUACCUAUCGCCGACAUGAAUUCUUGGUAUGGAAACUAGGACGCGCUCUGUGGGAUAGAAUACCAAUUGAGAAUGAAGAAAGGCUCGGGGUUAAAUUAUACGAAAAAAUAUCUAAAGCAUUACGCAAAAAAUCGAUAUCUAAAUGGUUACAAGAAGCGGUUGAUCCGGACGUAUCAUCAGAUGCUGAGAAGUGUAUAGAAAACAGUGAUUAUCCCGGAGCGGUUGUUGCUUUACUCAGUGGAAGAAGAAUAAAAAAAGCAGUAGAAACAGCUUUUACUAACCGUGAUCUACGCACGGCGUCGUUGUUAGUGCAAUUGGGGGGCAACGAUCGGCGUUUUAGAAAACUUUUGGAAAAACAGAUUGAGCAUUGGAAUGAUAUAGGAAUGUCUCGCUAUAUUCCUCGAACACACUGGAAGAUAUACGAGAUAAUGGCGGGGAAUGUAGGCAGUUCUGGUCAAAUGUACAUAACGGAAGGAAUGGAUUGGAAACGUACUCUGGGUAUGCAUUUUUGGUACGGCGAAUUUCUUGAUGCAGAGUUCAGUCAGAUAUUGGAACAUUAUGAUAGUACGAUUGAGUCUGCUCCAGGAGUUGCAGCUGCUCCAAUUGUAUGGUAUGAGGAAGAAGUCGAUGAGCAAACUCAUGAUUCUCAAUUACAAUCCAAAAAUAACCAUAAAGAUGUUUUAUAUCAUUUGAUGAAGUUGUAUGUGGGAGACACUUAUCUAUUGGAAGAUGCGCUGUCCCCAAAGUCUAUCACAUCAUCACCGUUGGACUAUAGAUUGACAUGGUUAUUGUACGUGAUGCUCGGAUGUGUAUAUAAAGUGAGAAGCUUCUCAGAUGAUUCGCUGGCGGAUAUGAUUACGUGGUGUUUUGCUUCUCAAUUAGAAAGACUGGAGAUGUAUUAUUGGGCUAUUUAUGUGUCUUUGUUCAUAGAGUCGUCGCGAAGUCGAGAGCUGUUUAUUACACACAUUUUGACGAGAUAUUUGCACUCUGAGACUAAUGAUCAAUUUGAAAAGUUGCUAACGGAUGAAUUAAAGAUUCCUCCCGAAUGGAUAUUCAUAGCGAAGGGUAUUAAUGCCAAGUACAAAGAUGAUGUAUUUGACGAAGCGCUUUAUUUCCUUGAAGCAGGACGUCAUGCUUACGUACAUGAUCUAGUAGUUGAUAGCCUAGCGCCUGCCGCCGUACUAAUGAAUAAUAUUGCACCAUUGUAUCAAUUGGUGAAGAAAAUAAAUCCAGACGAAGUGCCUUUGUGGGAUUUUGGUGGAAAUCUCUACAUGAAAUAUGCGACAUUCCUGGAUCUCGCAACGGAGACAGAGCCGAGCACGUCAACGCUCAUAUCCAUUGCAUCUCUUGGGGAUGAUAUAUUGAAAAUACUUGAGAAAUUGGAAGCCAAGAAUCCAUGGCAAACGCGAUGUUAUGCACACAUGCAUGUUAUUGUGACAAGUAGAACCCUUGCAUGCCGAGGACAGGAUUUCGAUUCCAUUACAUUUGGAGACGAUGACGUGUUGGAUAUAGAUUGA